AUGUCGGAGACCAGUGUGCACGAGCUCUAUAAAACCGGGAGGACCACUUUGCGCGUGGAUAUCAAAGCGGGAUCAGGCCUCCGGCCGUCCACAACAUCGUACUCCAGAACUUCCGAAGCCAUUGUGUACGGCCGGCAUACUGGGUUUACCUUUGGUGUUUCGUCCAGCCCACUCAACAUAGCCCUGAAACCCGAGAGCGUGCACCGAUCUCUGUACGGUGAACACGUGACCACACGCACACUACUGAAGCGGGCCUGGCCCAUGAGUACCCACCUGCCCCUGAUCCAACUAGCCGAUGCCUUUGACCAGAACUCUCAAGCCCCGGGCUGGAGCUGA